CUUCUGUACAGAACUAGUAAUCCUUCCAGAAAUUCGAUCAUACCGGCAGCCGCGAGGGCCUAGUGCAUUUCAGGGUCGCCGUUAGACAAGAUGCGAUGUCUUGUCCCAUCAUCAUAGUAUACGGCAUACGCCAGGCGCUUAAGUAGUUUAUCCCACUAAAAAGGUAGAAGCAAAAAGUUCAGAGCAUACGGAAAAAGUCUUCAGUGACCUGCACCAGCAGUCGACAAGAUAGUGAUUCAGUUUCUUUGCAAACACAACCUGAAGAUGGCCAAACCUUCAACCAUCACGGCUCUCAUCCAAGCCCCAGAGGGCGGGAGCCCGCCCGUCGUCUCUCACUCUCAGCCCAUGCCCCAAAUUACAGAACCUCACGAAGUCCUCGUCCGCGUUCUAGCCGUUGCGCUCAACCCAACCGACUACAAGAUGCCCGACUAUCAUCCCGUGCCCAACGCCGUGAUGGGCUGCGACUUCAUGGGCGUCAUCGCUGCCGCCGGCUCUGCCGUCGACAGCAGCGCGUGCAUUGGCACACGUGUAUGCGGUCCAAUGCACGGCUCCAAUCCCGGGAACCCUAGCUCGGGAGCGUUUUCCGAGUAUCUGAUUCAAGACGAACGCCUCCUUGUCCGCGUUCCCGACUCGUGGAGCGAUCUCGAGGGCGCCGCGCUUGGGGGUGUUGGAUGGGCGACGGUGGCGCUGGCCAUGGAAGACUCGCUGUUGCUCACGGGCACGCCGUCGAAGCCGGCUGCGCCUAGACCUGAUGGGACGAGGGUGCCUGUGUUGGUGUACGGUGGUGCUACGGCUACGGGGACUAUGGCCUGCCAGUUGCUGUCAAGCUCGGGCUACAACCCCAUCGCGACGUGCUCGCCAUCCUCGUCGGCGCUCGUUCGAAAAUACGGCGCCACCCUGACAUUCCCUUACUCCUCCCCAACAUGCGGAGAGACAAUCCGCGAUGCGACAAAAGGUUCCAUUAGGGCAGCCAUUGACUGCAUCACGACCCCAGAGUCGGUCAAAUGCUGUUUCACGGCUCUUGGUCGGGCCGGUGCACGCUAUGCCUCUCUCGAACAUGCCCCCAAUGAAUGGAGGACUCGAAAGGCGGUCAAGAUGGAUAUGCCCAUGACUUAUGUUGUCAUGGGUCGCGAGGUGAAGCUCGAUGGGCCUUACUAUCGUGAAGCCGACCAAGCCAAGUUUGAUCUGGGCGCUCGGUGGGCAAAGGAGGUCCAGACUCUGGUUGACGAGGGACGGCUCAAGUGUCAUCCAGCUCGGGAAAUUCCCGGGAAAUGGCAGGGCAUUAUUCAGGGGCUUGAUAUGAUUAAGAACGGCCAGGUGAGGGGGCAGAAGCUUGUAGUCCGCGUCGGAAGUGCCUGAAGUCAUCCGCUACUCCUUCAGUGUUUCUUGGAUUAUUAGACAGGC